AUGGUUACGAAACUGGAUAUAGACGAUUUACCAAAGAACGCCGCGAACUACACCGCUUUAACGCCGUUAUGGUUCCUACAGCGAGCAGCUCAAGUUCACCCUACCAGAAAAUCAGUUAUCCACGGAUCCCGUCACUACACCUGGCACCAGACUUACCAACGUUGCCGUCGAUUCGCCUCCGCUCUUUCCAAACUCUCCAUCGGUCUCGGAAACACUGUAGCUGUUAUUGCACCAAAUAUUCCAGCUCUCUAUGAAGCUCAUUUUGGGAUUCCGAUGGCAGGGGCGGUGUUGAAUCCGGUGAAUAUAAGGCUAAAUGCAGCCACUAUUGCUUUUCUUCUUGGUCAUUGCACUGCGUCAGUUGUAAUUGUGGAUCAAGAGUUCUUUUCGUUGGCGGAAGAAGCUUUGAAAAUAUGGUCUGAGAAAUCUGAGACGUUCAAGUCUCCGAUUUUGAUUGUCAUUGGAGAUGAAAACUGCGAUCCUGAGUCGCUUAGAUAUGCGUUGAGCAAAGGAGUUGUUGAGUAUGAGGACUUUCUUCAAAGUGGUGACCCUGAGUACGAUUGGAAACCGCCGGAGGAUGAGUGGCAGAGCAUUGCUUUGGGUUACACGUCUGGGACGACGGCUAGUCCUAAGGGUGUGGUUUUGCAUCACCGUGGAGCGUAUCUGAUGGCUCUUAGUGGUGCGCUUAUUUGGGGAAUGAAUGAAGGAGCUGUAUAUCUUUGGACUCUACCCAUGUUUCAUUGCAAUGGCUGGUGCUACACUUGGACACUUCCAGCUAUCUUUGGCACAAACAUAUGCCUCCGCCAGGUAUCAGCGAAGGCAGUAUAUGAAGCCAUUGCCAAGUACAAAGUGACUCAUUUUUGUGCAGCACCUGUGGUGCUUAACUCGAUCGUUAAUGCUCCAGCUGAGGAAACUAUACUUCCUCUACCUCAUGUUGUACAUGCGAAUACUGCCGGUGCUGCUCCUCCUCCUUCUGUUCUUUCAGGCAUGCAUAAAAUAGGAUUUCGUGUCACACACACUUAUGGUCUUUCAGAAACCUUUGGCCCGUCCGUCUAUUGUGCCUGGAAACCAGAGUGGGACUCACUUCCCCCGGAAUCCCAAGCCCGGCUCCAUUCAAGACAAGGGGUUCGGUACAUUGCCUUGGAAGGCCUGGAUGUCGUCGACACAAAAACCACGCAACCUGUUCCUGCGGAUGGUAAAACUGUUGGUGAGAUUGUGAUGCGUGGUAAUGCCGUGAUGAAGGGCUACUUAAAAAAUCCUAAAGCGAAUGAAGAAAGCUUUGCAAAUGGAUGGUAUCAUUCCGGUGAUCUUGCUGUAAAGCACCCGGAUGGAUAUAUAGAAAUUAAAGACAGAUCAAAGGAUAUCAUCAUAUCGGGCGCUGAAAACAUAAGCAGUGUAGAGGUAGAGAACGCUCUUUACUCGCAUCCUGCAAUACUGGAGACAGCAGUGGUUGCAAGGCCAGAUGAGAAAUGGGGCGAGUCUCCAUGUGCAUUUGUUACAUUGAAGCCCGGAGUGGAUAGUAGUAACGAGCAGCGUCUAGUUGAAGAUAUACUGAAGUUCUGCAGAUCAAAGAUACCUGCUUAUUGGGUCCCAAAAUCGAUUGUAUUCGGACCGUUGCCUAAGACAGCCACCGGGAAGGUUCAGAAGCAUGUGCUGAGGGCCAAGGCAAAGGAGAUGGGGCCUAUCAAGAAUAAGAUUAGCAAGCUGUAA